AUGGGCGAAGAUAAGGAUAGACGACGCAGGUCUCGUUCAAGAGAAAGACGAAGAACAAGAUCCCGUUCAAGAGAUCGAAGAGAGAAAAGAAGAAGUAAGUCCAGAUCUCCCUCUAAAAGAUCGCGUCGCCGCAAGCCCUCAUUGUACUGGGAUGUACCACCACCUGGUUUUGAACACAUUACGCCUCUGCAGUACAAAGCCAUGCAGGCUGCCGGACAAAUUCCAGCAAACAUCGUUGCUGAUACUCCUCAAGCAGCUGUCCCUGUAGUUGGAUCAACUAUAACGCGACAAGCACGAAGAUUAUAUGUCGGCAAUAUACCAUUUGGAGUUACAGAGGAGGAAACAAUGGAAUUUUUCAACCAACAGAUGCACCUUUCAGGAUUGGCUCAAGCAGCUGGCAAUCCUGUUUUAGCUUGUCAAAUUAAUUUGGACAAAAAUUUUGCAUUCCUUGAAUUUAGAUCUAUUGAUGAGACUACCCAAGCUAUGGCUUUUGAUGGGAUUAAUUUCAAGGGUCAGAGUUUGAAAAUUCGACGACCCCACGAUUAUCAACCUAUGCCUGGUACAGAAAACCCAGCCAUAAAUGUUCCGGCUGGUGUUAUUAGUACAGUUGUACCAGAUUCGCCCCAUAAAAUAUUUAUUGGUGGUUUACCCAACUAUCUUAAUGAAGAUCAAGUAAAAGAGCUUCUCAUGUCAUUUGGACAGCUUCGAGCUUUCAAUUUGGUGAAAGACUCCUCUACUGGUCUUAGCAAGGGGUAUGCAUUUGCUGAGUAUGUGGAUAUUUCUAUGACAGAUCAGGCGAUUGCAGGAUUAAAUGGUAUGCAGUUGGGAGAUAAGAAGUUGAUUGUCCAACGAGCUAGCAUUGGAGCCAAGAACUCCACUUUAGCAAUGACUGGAGCUGCACCAGUGACUCUGCAAGUAGCAGGUCUGACAUUGGCUGGAGCUGGCCCAGCCACAGAAGUACUGUGCCUCCUCAAUAUGGUCACACCAGAUGAACUCCGUGAUGAAGAAGAAUAUGAAGAUAUCCUUGAAGAUAUUAAGGAGGAGUGCAAUAAAUACGGAUGUGUUCGUAGCAUUGAAAUACCGCGACCUCUAGAGGGCGUAGACGUACCAGGCUGUGGAAAGGUAUUUGUCGAGUUCAACAGUAUUGCAGAUUGUCAAAAGGCACAGCAAACACUUACGGGUCGUAAAUUCAGCAAUCGUGUAGUGGUCACGUCGUACUACGAUCCCGACAAGUAUCAUCGCAGAGAAUUCUAA